AUGACAACCGAACACGAUCGUGCCGUUCUGAAUCAUAUUCUCAACCCGCUGAUGCCCACAACAGAUAUGUCGAAUUUGGAAGGCGAAGUCGCUGAAGAUGCUCCAAUCACCACUGAUGGCAUUGAAGAAUCCCGAACGCUGGAAAAAGCAGGAGUUGAACUCGCUGAAAGUGGCAACGUCCGGAAGGCAAUAGAGAAAUUCAACGAGGCUAUCGAGAAGUGUCCUUUUAAUCCAUCGGCGUUCAAUAAUCGGCCACAAGCACUACGGCUGGUGGGCAAAACGGAGUCUUCGGAACUUGGAUCGUUACUCGCCAAGAUGCAAAUGGUCGCCCUCAAUCCAUAUGCCGCCAUGUGCAACAAAAUGCUAAGCGAAGUGUUCGACAAUCUCAAGCAAGGAAAACCAACCGAUCAAUAA